GCAAGUAAAGUUGGGUUUAGGGAGUGAUUGAAAACCAAAAAAGCAAUUUGGGAGUUUUCUGUUUUCCGCAGAAACGAUAAAGUCCUAUGCGUAGGGGAAGAAAAAGCAUGAACACACCCCGAUUUCACGCGUUUCCAACGGAGUAAUGAUUGAUUAAACUCAUAUAAAUAAACUCGGCCGCAUUUGAAUCGCCAUAUCUCCAAUCUUCGCCCCGCGAUGGACCAGAAUCUGGCUGCACUGAUAGCUGUUUCCCUGAUCGCCUCCUCCCUUGCGGCGGCCGAGUACGUCAGACCUCCACCGCGCAAAACUUUGAGUUUUCCUUGGGAUCCAAACACUUCUUCUCAACCUCAGCAGGUUCACAUAUCCUUGGCUGGAGAUAAACAAAUACGAGUAUCAUGGAUCACCAGUUAUGAAUCCUCUCCUUUUGUCGAAUAUGGCACAUCACCCGGAAAUUACACCUUCAAUGCUAAUGGAGAAAGCACAAAAUAUAAAUAUGUCUUUUACACCUCAGGGUUAAUUCACCACACAGUGAUUGGACCACUGGAGGAUGACACUGUGUAUUAUUACAGAUGUGGAGGAAGAGAUCCUGAGUUUCAGCUCAAAACUUUGCCUUCCAAGUUCCCACUUACUUUUGCAGUGGCAGGCGAUUUGGGGCAGACAGAAUGGACUAAGUCGACUUUAGACCACAUAGCACAAUGCAAACAUGAUGUUCUUUUGUUACCUGGAGACCUGUCCUAUGCCAAUCGCAUUCAAAGGCGAUGGGACACCUUUGGUAAUCUGGUGCAGCCUCUUGCAAGUGCAAGGCCAUGGAUGGUCACACAAGGGAACCAUGAUAAGGAGGAACUCGUCCCCCUAGUUAACGAAGGGUUUGAGUCUUAUAACUCGAGGUGGAAGAUGCCUUUUAUAGAGAGUGGUUCCUCUUCAAAUCUGUAUUAUUCAUUUGAUGUGGCUGGGGUUCACGUUGUCAUGCUCGGCUCUUAUACAGAUUAUGCCGAGAACUCCCCUCAGUAUAGCUGGCUUAAGGCUGAUCUUCUCAAACUCAAAUCUCAUCGCAAAGAGACGCCCUGGUUAGUCGUGCUAUUCCACGUGCCGUGGUAUAACAGUAAUGAGGCCCAUCAAAGGGAAGGAGAUGCCAUGAUGGAGGCGAUGGAGCCAUUGCUUUAUGAACAUGGGGCAGACAUUGUGUUUGCAGGCCAUGUUCAUGCUUACGAGCGCAGCGAACGAGUCUACAAUGGCAAACCCAAUCAAUGUGGUCCUGUCCAUAUAACAAUAGGUGAUGGAGGGAACAAAGAAGGUUUAGCAACAGAGUAUGAUGAACCCCAACCAGAGUGGUCUAUGUUCCGUGAAGCCAGCUUUGGACACGGAGCGCUCACAAUUGUUAAUUCAACUCAUGCCUAUUGGAGUUGGCAUCGUAAUGACGACGAUGAAGCUGUGAAGUCUGAUGAAGUGUGGAUAACCUCCUCAUUCAGUGCUUCGGCAUGCAAUCACUUGCCGUAGCUGUUAGCGCCUAUCAUGCCAUGAGUGAAUGAAGGAAACCAAAAUGCUUGGGGCAUGUACCACCCAUGCAUCCACCACACAUUUCCUUCUUAUCUAGAAUUUAAUUUUUGAGUUCUAGAUAAGAAAUGUGUGGUAGAUGCAUGGGUGGUGUAACUUGGUGUACCUUGGUGUAACUUGUGAAGGAAAUUCUAAUGUCUCCUUCACAAGUACUUGCAGGAUAUAUGUAUGAAAAAUGCUAGGGGUACACCAAAUGGUGUACUCCAAAUGUCCCCCACCCCCUCCUUGUCCACUAAAAAAGGCAAAAAAAUUCAAAAAAAAUAAGUAAAUAAAAAUCAAAUAAAAAUGUGUGGAGGAAAAGAGGGUGGUGUACAUUUGGGGUAUACCAAAUGGUGUACCCCUAGCAUUGCUCUAUAUGUAUAUAUAUUAAGGCACUCAUCUGUGCAUUGCUUUUUAAUGUUAUUGACUCUAAUACAAUGUAGAAUUUGUUCAUACAUUUCUUAAAUGACGCACGAAAAGUCAAUGUCUCUACCUUUGUUGGCGCUCGAACUUGGGAGAACUUUCCCAUAAAUUCUGAAGAAUGGGCUUCCUACUACUCAAGUCAAGGGAGAAGUUCGUCUUUGUACUCUAUGAUUGGGCAAGUUCAUGUAACAACCUGCUCCGUGUGAGGUUAAUUUCUGUAUAGGAUGAGUGUUGUAGCUGCUUUAUCAAAGGGUAACUAUAUAGAGAUUACCUAAACUGUUGUAAUAGGAAAGACUUUAGAAACAUCCUACGGGGGUGCAUUC